AUGAGCCUGCUGGGGCUCUGCCCCAGACCCCGUGGCUCCUCUCGCUUCGCUCGAGUCGGGCGUCGACGGUCUCAGCAACUCCUGCCAAGCAGGAGCAACGGGGUCUGGGGCAGCGCCCCAGCCGCCGGAAGCAGUACUAACGGUAGCGAUAGGUUCUUUAUUUCAAGUGCUUUGCUAGGAAGAGGUAGUAGAGGAGCCGUUUAUUUAGUGGAGCACGUUUUAGACGGGUUUUCUUUGGGGUUUUUUGCUUUGAAGAAGGUGGCAGUAGGCGACGACCAUGCGUGGUUGGAAAAGGUGCUGUCCGAGGUGAAUCUUUUGAGGAUGCUGUCACAUCCGAAUCUGGUGAGGUAUAAUCAUGUGUGGCUCGAGGUGAGCUCGCUGUCGAGUUUUGGGCCGCUGGUGCCGUGUGCUUAUAUUCUACAGGAGUACUGUAAUGGCGGGACUCUCGAGGAGUAUAUGAUGAAAGGACGGUAUAAACCAGGCACUGAUGGAGAAAGCGAUAUUAUUCCGCAGUUUCAGCGAGAUCCGAAUGACAGAACGUGGACCAAGAAUGAUAUUAAGGCCAAACGUGAUAGAAUCAGACGGCGUAUGUCACAGCAGGGCGCGGAUGGUCAGGGUUAUACUGAUUUUAGCGGUAGAAAUGGAGGGUCUAUGAGUGCUGUAGUAGACGAUAAUGACGACGAAUAUGUUGCUGAAUUGACUAUUGAAGAGAUUAUAUCGUUCAUGACAGAUAUUGUAAUGGGCGUGAAGUAUUUACAUCAGAACCAGAUCAUCCAUCGGGAUCUGAAACCGAGCAAUUGUCUGUUGUGUCGAAUUCCCGGCCAGAGCUUGCCGACUGUUCUUGUCAGUGAUUUUGGUGAAGGACAGAUUGAAGGGUUAAAUCGAAUGGGCAGUGGAAGUACUGGUACUUUGGAGUACACAGCACCUGAGCUUGUUCAGACAGUUAGUGGACGGUUUGUUGCCCAGUUUUCUAAGAAAACCGACGUGUUUUCACUAGGAAUGAUUCUACAUUAUCUGUGUUUCUCAAGAUUGCCAUAUUCAAAUGUGUGGCAAGAACGAGGUGAUCUUGAAGCGCUUACUGGAGAAGUCCGGCAGUUUGGGGGGUUCGAUAUCAACAUCAGUAAUAGUAAACUUCACCGUACAGACCUGGAUCCUCAACUUCUUGCUCUUGUGGACGCCAUGGUCUCGAUAGAUCCCGACAGAAGACCUACUGCUGACCAAGUGCUGUUCAUACUGGGACAAGUAAAUGAACGAUAUCGACAGCAGCAAUUCCACCAAGCACAAACCACUGCCAUGUCCACUGCCUCACAAACAUCACCACCACCCGCAUCAUCAACAUCAGGAACAUCAACAGCAGCAGCAACAACAACAGCAGUUCCAGAAAUAACUACCAACACAACUGCUACAUCCACAUCUACAGCUCUACCUAUAAACAGCACAACAGCCACACUGAGAAUAUCUGAUACGUCGAGUUCACUUAUGUCUCCUACACUGUCUCCAUCAAUUAACACACCAGCGACGUCAUCAUUCGACAUGAGCAGUUCACUCAGCUCGUCGCUCGUCCCCACUGUAAUAUAUUCACCCGACCACCAGCGACCCAACAUGCUCCUUCGCUACCUACCAACCUGGAUCCAACGACUCGCGAUCAGAAACCGUCGUUCACCCCGCCAACUAACAUCCAGCCUUCUCCUCACCAAAGGAACACUCCUGCUCAUAAAACUGGCCACGAUCUACAAACUGGCACCCUCGCCAUACACACAAGCAAUUUACAUGCUCCUCGGAGUCGAGCUGGCCACACUCUCCAUCCCCGUCUCCAUCGGACUCUUUCUCGCCCAUCUCGUCCUGUACUCACUAGCAUGA